AUGGGCACUCAGGGGAGGCGCACUCCUGCUCCACGUCCGGCGCGCCGUGGUCAGCCACCUGCCAUCCAGUUUUGUACAGUUGCAGGUCCCUUGGCGCGCUUUGUUUUUGUUUAUGCUGGGCAGGCACAAGCUGACAAUGCUCCAUCAUGUCCAGCGUACGUGCGGCCAAACAAAUUACAGGGGCACUGCGUCACCUGCAGGAAUUUCCAAUCUACAUUGUCAAAUGCCAUCAAAAGUUGUUGGACAUGUCGUAACAUUAAUUUGACAUUUUACUGCCCUGGACGUGGGCCAAGGGAUCGUGUGAGUGAAAAUCCACAACCAAAAACAAACGAAGGGAGAGUGGAACGAAUUAUGCGUAACUAGUCAACUCCUUAAGAAAUCUG